CCCCAAAUUCAAAGUUAAAGGCCAGCUGAGGACCCAGAACCCUCCUCAUCAGUGUAGCGACCAAGCCUCUCCACACCCACCGUUCAUGGUCCAUAGCGAGAUCUACUCGAAAGCCAAGGCGAUGGCUAGGAGCAGGCUGGAGAAGGCCAAGUUUCGCUUGCAAGAGAACAUCCAGGAAGCCAUCGUACUCUUCAGUGACCGAGAGAUGUCUGACUGGCAAGCCAAGAGAAAAGAGAGGGCGCUGGGUGCUUUGAGGCCCGCCAUUCUGGAGGAGUUCCUGGGGGCCGCUGAAGGUUUGGGGGCCCUCUGCUCUGGGGCCCAGCUCCAAGCCGUGAAGCUACUGUCUCUUUCAGUCAGGAGCCAGUGGGAGGCUGUGCAUUCAGAGAUGACUGCCUUUUUGCCACUCUUGUGGUCUGAGAUCAACGGGGUGCGGUCCCUUAACCCCACUGUUAUGAGAUGUGACAUAUACACUACUAACACUGAGCGAGAUGCCACUGACCCUGAACCUGUGUACAGACAACAGGCAUGUCUACCCUCAGAGGGCAGUGCGACGCUGAGGGGUGCCGAGUGCCUGGAGGCCCUCAGGGAACUCUGUGAGACCCUGGCCCCGGAAAGUUCCCCCAUCACAGCUGCAGUCCAGCGAAGGGAGUCAGGGGGAGGGCAAGGGAGCAUACUGCCGCAACUGCAGCACGGUGCCACAGUGCCCCCGCAGGACAGUAGGGGGUGCGAGCCUGGAGAUCACUCCCUGCUGAGCGAGACUGGCCAGCAGGCUGGCCCACAAAAGCAAAGCCAGGAGCUCCCACAAAAGCAAGCUGGACACCGCUCUCAGGCUCUGGAAGACCAGAACCAAACCCAACUAAGACAGGACCGCCCACUGCAAGUCCAGGGUCUGCCACUGCAGACCCCGGGACACCCACUCCCAGUCCAAGAUCGCCCAUUGCAUGUCCAGGGCCGCCUACUGCAAGUCCAAGGGGGUCGUUUAAUGCAUGUCCAGAAAAGCCACCAACAAGGGCCAAAUCACACUCAGGUGAUUGUCAGGGGCGAUAGUGUGGAGACCGAGCAGCAGGCACCUGAACGGACAGUCAUCCCGGCCGCCGACACCACCCCCCCACAGGAAGAGGGGUUGUCGACGCAGGAAGUGGUGGAGAGGUACAGAGCUUCCCGUUCAGCCUUCCAUUCACAGCUCCAGAGAAACAGACAGAGUCUGGAGAGAGAGUUUCAGCCUGAGCCAGUCACCACCUCUGCCCUGCACAGCCACAUCAAGGAGCUACAGGCUCUUAAGCAGGAGACUGAGGUGCUGUGGUUUGAGUUUGAGCUGCAGUCCUCCCAGGUGUCCCAGCAGCAGAGUGCAGAGGGAGGUGGACUGGAGGGGGACAGUGAAAGGGCCAAGCUCCUUCAGCAGUGGAGAGGCCAGCAGAUCUGCCUGCAGACCAGAAUGGCUUCUCUGGAAACCACCGUGGAGCUGAUGGAAUCAGCAGACUCUCAGAUAUCACUGAUCUCAGACCAGCUUGACCGCAUCACCAGGCAGCCCAUAGCUAUCUCAGCCUAUGGGAUGACUGAUCCCUGGACUGUGGCUGACUUUAAGGAAAUGGACCAGCGGCUCCACGCGGAGCUGAAGUGCGUGUCGGGGCAGACCUCCGGGGGGGAGGCCCUAGACCCCUCUAUGCCCCCACCCCAGUGGCACCGCCUCCACCAGCUCAGACAGACACUAAAGAGGGUACGCUCUGCCGCCGGGGCCCUUGAUUGCUUUCUAGCCCAGAUACGAGAGGCCGACGCUGGCAUACAGGCUGCGCUGGUUCCCUUGGACCACUGGCAACAUGGAGAUGGUGCGACCCGGGCCCGAGGCAGGCAUUCCGGGCUGCUGUCUAUCCGGCAGAGUAUGAGGAAGUAUGGAGAAGAAGCCGGGAGCGUGGAUGGUCUACUGGAGGCAGCCGGAAUGGAGUUGACGAUGGAAGGAGCUGCUGUGACUUGUCGUGACACAGUGGCAGCGUUGUCACGGCGAUUGGAUGAGGCAGACCUCGUGUUGGGCAGAAGCGGAAUUGGGAGGGGACAGAAGCAGAAGGAGGAGGAGCUAAGCCUUAAAGGGAGGGGGAAAGGGGCAGGGCCUGACAUGCAGAGGAGGGGAUUGGAACAAAAGGAGGAGGAUGCGUUCCAAAGAAAGAGGGGGCAGGAACAGGGGGUAGGGCCUAAGGCCCAAAGAAGGAGGGAAGACGAGGAAUUGUCGGGCCUUAGGAGGAAGGGCCAGGUGGAAGGGAAAGAGGGGGAGGAGAAGAGGAGUUCAGGCCAGAGGAGGAUGGCCCUACUGGUGGUCCUGAGGGAGAUUCAGAGGGCAGUGGAGCAGCAGGGACUGAAGGAGCCAACACUCCCUGCAGUGCAGCACAGGAUGCGUGCAUUGGCAGACCUGGAGGGGCGUCUGGCUGCGCUGCGCUCUGAGCUGCAGAGUCUAGAGGUUGCAGACCGUGGUGCUGCGCAAACGACCUCCAACCCCGAGAGGGGCGGAGCCACACAGGAGCUGGAGACAUUGUGGGAGGAGACCCAUAGAGCCAUUACAGAGAGGCUGGAUCGUUGUGGAGGUCUAACAGAAUUACUGAAGAGGUUCCAAAUGGUACACAGUCGUCUAAGCAGCACCUUACAGAGGGCCGAGCGCACCAUCAGUGAACAGGCCUCGUACAUGGGCAAAGACAACCUACAGAGACUCCUCACUAAGGUCCACAGCACCAAGGCAGAGUUGAGUGGUCUCGGGGAGGGAGUGGAGGAGAUGCGAGGCAUCUGCAAGCAGCUGCAGUCUCAGCUGCGCCAAAUCCUUGACUGCCCUGAAACUCCAUUUGAGGGCGAGGCUGACACCCUGAUGGACCGCUGGCUAGAUGUGACAGAGAGGACGGACUCUCACCUGGACAACCUACGCAUGGGGCUGGAUCUGUGGGAUGGGCUGCUACAGCUGGGCGGAGAGGUGGAGAGCUGGACCAGCCACAAAAUGGCCCACUUGGUGCAGUCACACCCCUUCCACAGCGAACAAGAAGUCACAGCCAUGCAGGAGGAGAUCCGGGUCCAGGAGGAGAGUGUGGGGCGCUUCCACAGGAGAGCUUCAGAGAUCCAGGUCUUGUUGCAGAGCAAGGAGCCCCCACUGGAGCUUCAGGUGAUCGAGACCCAGAUGAGGAAGAAGAUGGAGCAGGUGAAGGAGCUCUUCUCCGACCUCGAGGAUGUCUACAGGCACCUGGUGGUGGCCAAGGGACAAGUGGCAGCCAAGAUGGCCGAGUGUCACUCCUCUCUUCAGGGCAUCCAGGACUCACUGGACACGCUCAGUGCUGCCGACGGCCCAAAGCUCCUCACACAGAUUCAGGAGCUGUCUGCACAGCUUCAGACACAGGAAAAGCAGGCGGAGGGCCUCCUGGAGGAGCUGCACCUCAUGACCUCCGUGGCCAGCCCACAGAGCUUGCAGAGCCUAGCUGCGGAUGGUGUCCGGCUGCACGAGCUUGUCUGCGCAGCCCGUCAGCACAUUAGUGAAAUGAGGGUGCAGGCCCAGAAGGAUAUCAAGGCCUUGCACAGUCUGCAGGAGGAGUUUGCCCGUCUGCAAGAGUGGUUGCAAGCCGCAGUGCUGAAGGUGGACAAAGGGGAGGAGCUUAGCCGCGUGCAGGAAGAAGUAGUCGAACACAGUAAGCACACAGAGGCCCUCAGUGGACACAUAGCCACCUUGCAUGGGAGCACCCUAAAGCAUUCCCCACUACUAAAAGAGAGUGAGCAACUUCUAGAGCGCUGCUGCAGUCUCCACACCCAUCUGCUUUCCUCCAAGGAGAACCAGAGCUCUCUGACCAGCCACACCCAGGCCUUCCAGACUCUGGCCCAGGACACCCAAGCCUGGGUUAGAGUCUUGCAACAGCAGGCUGACUCUCUGGCCACUGGAGCCCCAUGCAUCCACAGCCAGGCUGAGCAAAGACUACAAGCUGCAGAGACUGUGUUGAGUGCCAAGGCAGAGGGAGAGUCUCGUAUGGAGAAGCUGAAGGAAGCAGGCCACAGGCUGGCCCACAGACCGGGCCUGGGAGAGAGUCUGAAACUGGACGUCAUGCAGACCGUCAGUUACACAGAGGUGCACUGGGGAGCCGUUCUGCAGUCUGCAGACCAACACCGCAGUCUGCUGCAUGGUGAGCCUGAGCUCUCCUCCUCUCUUCUGGUCCAGAGGCAGCAGGCCUGGUCCAGAGUGAACCAGCUCCAGCACCAGACUACCCAGCUCUCCCUGUUCUUUCCCUGGCCCGGCCUGGCCCAACACAGGCAGGCUGCCCAACAGGCCCGGGCACUACUGGACCAGGCCACAGCCUUGGGGCCGGCCUUCUCUGCCUUGGGGGCCCAGAGAAAGGAGCUAGCCCAGCGCACCAAGGAACCCAAUUGGGAGGACCCUUCCUGGGCUACACUAGAGGAUUGCCAACCCGCCUUGGUCAAAAAGCUCCAUGGUAUGUGUGUGAGUCUUGAGGGAGGCGUCCGUAACGAGGAUCGCUGUGGCCAGCUGAUGCAGGAGUGCCGGCACACCUUGAACUCACUGCAGGAACGGAUGCUGGGUAUUGAGUCCCAGCCCAGAGACUCUAGUUUCCUGGAGACUGAUACAGGGGCUGUGGAGGCUUUGCAGGAGGCCGUGGGCCACAUGGAGAAAGACUUUGUGGAGCUCGAGACCCUUAAGGACAUCCUGCUUGCCAGCUGCACCGCCAAGGGUCAGGCCACUCUGUCUCAAGAGGUCAAAGAUCUCCAGGACCAGAAGGAGGAGUUAGAGAGGGGCGUCAGCUGGCUGGCUCAACUACAGGCUGAGGAGCAGGUAGCCCGACGAGACCAGCGAAUCAGGGAGGAGGUUGACAACCUUCAGAGGGCCCUACAAGGCUCGGCUGACCGUUUGGGGGACGACCCAGAAACGACUGAAGGAUUCACUGAUAUUAGGCAGCUCCAGCAGCGCUGGCACGUCCUACAGGACUGUGACCAAAGCCUGAGGAAGCUUGCGGCACAGCUUCAUCACCUGGAGAAAGCAGUAGGGUCAGAGGACACAUAUGGAGAAUUUCAAAACAAUGUGACUUUGGCUGUGGAUUCAGUGGCCAAAGACUUAGACAGCCUGUGUUUCUCUCUACAUGAACGAAUGCAGCUUUUUUCAGGCGGCACAGCACUUAGAAUGUCUGGGGCGAUCUGUGAACUGCAGCAGUGGAACCAGGCAGCACAGUCAAAUCCCCGGAAGUCUGUACAGGCUACACUAAACAAUGGGAAGCAACUCCAAGGGACGCUACGUGAGGCGCUGUCACAGCUAGACUUCCUAUUGGACUGUGUCGGAAGGGAGCGCGUGGAGCAGUUCGAGAGAAGGGCUGGACAGGCCCUUAGCAACAGUGCAGCUCUCCUCACAGCCCUAGCCCAAUCCCAGGUGUCCCUAGUGAGCACAGAGGUGGAUGGAGACAAUAAGAUACCAAGCAACACACCUGGCAAAGCGCCAUCUUGCAGCGAGGCAUCCCUUUUGUCACAACCUGUAGAGGAAGUGACUCCAGGAGGGAUCAAACCUCUUCAGGCUAAUAUUGACUCAACAAAAGAUCCGGAAAAAGAGCAGGCUGAAAGCAGAGUGAUGAGCGACACUGAACAAAGAGCAGAGGACAAAGAAUACGGCAGAGACUCAUUGAAGGACUGGAGCAUCCAGCCAGCAGAGAGAAUGGUCACAGGCAUGGAGGAUGGGGAGAGUCAAAUACAUUCUCCCAUGGGAGAAACCUUAACCCAAACUCCCAUCACCAGCGUUGAUAUCUCCGCCACUGUGGUGGUGCCAGAGACCCCGGGCACUAGCCAAUGUGGGGCUACUGUAACAGAGAUAACACCUCACCAUAUAGAACCAAUGGAUCAAGAGGGAACCUCAUCUCCGACUCCGCACAAAGUGUUCACCAUCGUCCUGGACACAGACCUCGAACGACAACAACUUGAUGGCAUGUCUAUGGCCAACGCUCUCCAAAGCAGACCAGGUUACGAUGGCAACAAUGAUAUUGUACAUACAGACUCGCCUCAACAUGGCGACAGUGAGAUUCCGGCUACUGAGUCACAUGACUAUGCAAACACUGCGGUUGUAUGCUCUGGAUCGGUCGGAGGAGGUCAAGAGUCUUCAGUACCAGAUAAAGGCGCUCAACUCACUUACACUUUUGCUGUUGUCAAACAGAGUGACCAGGCCAAACAAGAUUUGACUGAGCCUCCCCAAAAAGUGGCCACCAUUUUCCUGAACACAGCUGUUGCACCUGCUGGGAAAGUUCUUGUUCAGGAAGCUGAGACUCUACAUCGUGAAGUCACUUCCUUGAACAAAGCUGAAUUGGGCAUUAAAAGCAGUGUGGGGCGAGGGACAGAUCCACAGACGGACCCUGCAACACAUCUCAUGCUGCAUCCAGAAAGAAAGCAGCUAGAGACGCAUGCAAGACCCACAGACAAAUCACAGUCAGAUAACAAAACACAACGCACAGAGUCUAGAGACUGCACUGAGACAAAGAAAGUGUUUACAAUUGUUUUGGACAUGGAGCAACCUCCGUCUCAGUCCAAGGACAUUCAAACCAGGGAACCUCCUUGUGGUAAUGGCUCAGAUACAUUUAGCUCUGGUGACUUUCCUUCAAAACUGACUGAUAGUUCUGUCACUGGGAACACCAAGAAUACAGAUGGCGGGCGGCGCGUCAAGUCAAAGCACAGGGGGCGGAGGAGGGCUGAUUUUAGGAACUCAGCGUCCAAGGGCCCCAAAGUGAAGAGUUCCAAGGGCCCCUCUGCUUCAAAGAACACGGAAUCAGAGUGGGAGCAAUCGCAGGGCCCAAAAACAAAAGGUCUGAAAUCAAAAGGCCCCGAAUCAGGGCUCACAGAGUCUAAGUCCGCUGAAUUGGCGCACACCGAAUCCGAGUCACAGAGACACACUGAUAACUCUGAGAAGACUGAACCAGGAAGUGUUGAUGAUGACGUAGACACAGACACUAAAGAUGCCAGACAGACAGAAAUGACAGCCAGCCAAAUAGCUGUAAACACAGGAGCCUCAGACAUCACCUGUACUGCAGACAGCAAAGAUAACAGACAGACUGUGAGCAAAGACACUGGAAACAUAGACACUGACAUGCUACAGGUGAAUGAUCUCACACAGACAGAUGUAAGUCAGACAGAUGCCACAAGAGACAAUACACAGUUGUCAUGCGCACCUUCACCAGCAUAUGUAGCCACAGAGAUGGAGCCCAGAGAGGGGACAGAAAGGACAGCUCCACAGGAACAGAUGCAGGGGGGGAGUGAAGUCAAGAGGAGGACCUCGGUUCAGACUGGGGGGCUGCUAUCCGAUGCCAUGGCGAAGGAGGAGAGAGUUGGGGGAGCAGUGUGCCCGGAGGUCCCGUGCCACAGGUCCACUAUGCAAGGCAUCCUCUCUAAGGUCCAAGGGUUGGUGGAGAGGAAGGACAUCAUCACGGGAGGCCAGUGGAUGGAUGCGGCUUGGUACCUGCAGCCUUCGCCCAGAAAGCCAGAGAUCCAAAUAGGGCGCACUGUCCUCAGGGUUCUAGGAUGCCGCUACCAGCCAGCCCAGCUCAACCUUGCCAACAUGGCCCGGCAACUGGCGGAGGCCGAGGACUGCAGACGCUACGUGCUUGAGCAGGUGGCUGCGAUAAACCAUGUGGUCAGUGACCCAGAGGACGCAACAAAUCUGGAGGGGCGAUGGAGUGCAGCCCUGUUGGAUGCCUCGGCCACAGUUCAGGUCAAAGAGGCUCAGCUCCACCUGGUCACACAGUACCACAGGCAGACUCAGGCCAUCCGGAGCAUUCUGGAGAGAUGGACAAGCGAUAUGGAUGAGCUACAAUUGGACACCCGAAGCAGUGCGCUUCAGGCUGAAAAACUACAUACUCUGUUAUGUAACAUUGAACAGCAGAAGGGCAUGAUGGGGGAGCUGCUCGAGGUGUGUUUCCAGGUGUCUGCCCACCUGAGUGAAGUCGAGGGGUCAGGGGCACUCCUCGCUCAGCUAGGGGAUCUGCAGGAGGAGUGGAGGCUUUUGGAGGGGACCGGGAAUAGAGGCCUGAGGUAUGCCUCAAUUGGUUCUUCUCAGUCCUCUAUCCUUCUACAAAAGGCUGAGCAGCUGCAUUGCAAGCUUGAGACUCUUCAGAAGUCCAUCACCCUCUUACAGUCCUCUCAAUUGCAGCAUGACACUCACAAAGCUUUAGAGCUGACCUUUAUUACUGCUGACUUGAAAGCCUUCAACCAGCAGUACCUACACCUGCUUGGGCUAUCAGAGGAUUUUACCCAAUUUUCUCUUGGGCAGAAGGAGAAGGAGGAUGUGGAGUGUACUCUUCAGAGCUUGAGCUCCUUACUUACCUCCACUCAGAGGUUGCUCUCUGCUCAGUCAUACUCUAUAGCAAAACCCUCCUUGGCUAAAAUCAUUAAGCAAAUGCAGGACUUGAUUAUCUGGGCCAAGCAGGCGGAAAACCACAUCUCAGCAGGUGAAAAUGUAGCCCUCUUCCCUGAAGAGGCUCGUCUCCAAAUUGCCAGCAUGAGGAAGCUUCAAUCUGAGAUUUUGGCAAGGCGUUCCAGGGUGCACUACAAAGUUGAGGACCUGAAAGAACUGAUGUCGGAUGAGGGGGAAAUUGACAAAGUGCUGUCAUCAAUGAAGACCUUGAAGGACCUCUACGAAACAGUCUCAGAUAACUCUGCUCGUAUUCUGAAGGAAAUGGAGGCUGUUUUGGAGGAAAGAGAGAAGAUGCUGGUCCAGAUCUCAAAAGUGAACACCUGGCUAGCAGUGGCACACCAUGAGAGAGAGGUCACCACAGAUGUAGAGAAUGUGUCCAAAGACACCAUCCCAGAUCUGGAAAGCAAGCUGCAGUUUCACAUGGGUGCCAUCAAGGAAGCAGAAAGACAGCUGGCUGUCACGGAUGCCCUUUUGGAGAUCUGCAUGGAGGUCUCUUCGGGGUUGAGUCCAGCAGAGAGCCACUUUCUUGUCAACAGGCUUACAGGCCUCCGGACCGAGGUGGACAGAAUGGUGGCCCACGAGAAAGCAGCUCAAUGGGAGUUGGAGGAACUGCUUCACACCCGGACUUCUUCGGCCGAGGAACUGGCGGCUGUCCAGGUGAGCGUGCAACAGAUAUGGGCCGACCUGGAGAGGCAGAGGUUCCCAGUGACAAAGGACUCCCUAUCUGCCAUAGAGCCCUUGACGCACAUGCUCCUGGAGCACCAAUGUCAGAUCCAGGAACUCCAGUACUGCCAAGAGGACCAGAAAAGUGCCCUCUUGCGUACCAUUGGCGAACUGCAGGAGAAGGUGAAAACUCUCCACCACCACGCCCUGGAACACGAGAAGUACCUGACCUACCGGCAGCGCAUGGAAGACUCCAGGGAGGUGGCAAAGGAGCGUGCUCAGUGCUCCAAAGACAAGAGAGUCAGCGUGGGGGAAAGGUUCAGUCUUUGCCAGGCUCUUCUGGUGGAACUUCCGCUGGUGAAGACCCAGUGCCAGGAUGCUUCCGACCAGCUUGAGGCCAUCGCCCAAGACCUGCACCUAUCGGAUAGAAUGUUGCUCCUGUCGGAGAGGCAGAGGAUCCGGCGAACUGUUGAAAACCUAGCCUCCUGGGAGCUUGCCAUCACUGACGAUGUCAAAAACCUAGAGGGAAAGCUUCUGGAGGGUCUCAAAUUCUGCACUGAGCUUCCUGCCAUGAUGGACCUUCUUCAACAGGUCAGGCAGGAGCUGACGGAAUUUGACCCGGUGAAGCCAGAUGUGAGGGCCGUCAACAUAGCGCUGCGGAGGUGCUGGGUAAUCUGGAGGAACGUAGAGUCUGUCAUGCGGGUGUUGGAAGCUUUGAGGCAGAGAGAGCAAGUGGAGAUGAGCCAGUGUGGGGAGCUGCACACCCUGAGGAAUGACAUUGUGCAGAAGUGCCACGCAUAUAUGGAGAAUUUGUCCCAUGCUCGGGAAGCCCUGAAGGAUUACCACUGGGCUGCCCAAGGAGUGGUAACCUUCCUCCUCGAAGCCGAGGCCAUGUUCCUGGCACCUCCAGGCGGAUUUGUGGACUGCACAGAGGAGCAAUGGCACACCCAAGAGCCCCAAGCCUCCCUGUGGGAGAGCCUCCAGGCGCAAAUCAGCCAUCUCCUGGAGCUGGCACCCCAGCAGGCCUGUCUCUCUUUCCCCCAGAGCGAACAGCUCCACAUCCAGGUCCUGAGCCACCUUUUGGUGGAGAGGGCCACACUCGAGGCCCAGGUUGAGCUCAGGACAGAGGCCUUGCAGAGGUGUGCAGACAGACAAAGCCGCCACAAGAAGUGUCAUGAGGACGUAUGGCAUAUCCUGAAGAAAAACGAAUCAAGGCUCUCCGAUUGUGCCACCCAGGAAGUGACAUCCUACGCCAACUGUGCUGACCAACAGGAUAGAGCCAAGACCCUGUCGGAGGAGGUGCUGUCUAUAGCUGGCAAGCUGGAGGAGCUGAGGGUGGUGUGCCCACUGUGGGGGUGCUGUGUGGGCUCCGAGGGGGCACAGGGUGCCCUCUGGAGGCGCUGGGCGGCACUGCGGUGCGGCAUCAGCCUCCUCCGGUCACGCUUGGAGCAGAGAGGGGCGGAGUGGAGGGACAUCACCAAGAGCAUGGCUCGAUGCAGCAGUGCUCUGGACAAGCUGCAGGGUGAGCUGUCGGACCCCACUGCAGUAUGCUCCGGUCAGGGGGCCCCGAUGGUUCUGUUAGAGCAGAUGGAGCAGCACCAGGCUGGAAUAGAGCGGGAGCAGCGAAUCCUGGCCUCCCUGGAGCUCCGGCUCUCCCAGAUCCUGGGUGUGUCCAGCCCCCAGGAGGCAGCUAGCCCUGUCCCAGUCUGCCAACGGUUGAGGGACAUGCAGGAGCGCUUUAGGAGCCUGAGAGAGCAGAGCAUGCUGGUCCGGAGCGCGGCGCUUUCAGAGGAGCAGGAGCGGGAGCGCUUGCAAGAGCAGAUCGGAGAGGUGGAGCAGCGAAUGGCUACCCUGCUCUCCAUUCUGGUGUCCCACCCCAGCACACGCCAACUCAAGGAGGUCAGAGUGGAGUUGGGUUCCCUGAGGGCCAGGUUACAGUCUAUCAUGGAGUGUGUUGGGACAAAGUAUGCCACUGUUACACCUCCGGAGGUGGAGAGACAGCUGCAGGAAGUCACUGGCUCUCUGCAGGACAUGGAGGAGAAGGUUGGCCAAGCCCUGGAGAAGAGCAGCCCACUCAAUAGGCUGAGUAGCAGAAUGGGGGAGAUCCGUGUCGGGCUAGAAGAGGUCCAGACAUUGCUGCAGCGGAAGAGCUCCUCUGUGUCCGAGGCUGAACAUGUGCUAAAGUUCGUAUGGGACCAGCUGGACCAGUGGCACGGCCGGCUGGCCCUCCUGGAGGGCGAGGUGCAGGAGGCAGCCGAGGAGGAGCCGGAGCAGGCCCAACUCCUCAUGGACCAGAUCACCCAGCCACUUCAGCUCUACCAGGACACGGCCCAGAAGGCUGAGCAGCGCACUGCCUUCCUCCGCAAGAUCCCUGCCUGCCUCCAGGAGUAUAACGAUAUAAUCCACCGUGCUGGCUGCUGGCUAGAAGAAUCCCAGUCCUGGCUAGACGCUCCCGGCACCUACACCACAGCCAGGAGCCUCCAGAGCCAGACCAACACACUGCAGAUGGUGCUGGAUGACUCUGAGCGUAUCCGGGCCACUCUGGUGGGCUUUGGACCUGUGUUGGUGGAGAUCUCUGCUGUGUGUCACACCACUGCUAUGGAGGAUAAGCUAGUCCAGACCGAACGCCAAGUCACCGCCAUGCAGCAUAACAUCAUGGGGCCAUUGGACCAGCUGCUGCACGUCACUCCGGAAGUGGAUGCCAUUGAAGCAGAGGUGAAGACGAUGGAGAAAAAUGUGACCAAGAUCAGAGCUAUUUUAUCCUCCACUGACACAUUGGACAUCUCACUUGAAGAACACCUCCACAACCGACAGGUAAUCCUGGCCAACAUCCAGUCUAUGCAGAGGACAGUGGGGGAGAUCGAGGGCUGUAAGGCUGAACUUGGACUACCUCAGGGGGCAGAAGAGACACUGAGUGCCUUCCCCAGAGCUGUGCUACUCCUACAGCCCCUCCAAGAGUUGGAACAGCUGACACAGGAGCAGAGUAGAGCGUUGGAGGGCAACAUGCGUGAAGUGAGGGAGGCUGAGGGGGUCAUCCCAUCAUGCAAUGUGUGUGUGACAACAGAACCCAGUGCCCUUAUCUUAAUAAGUUCACAUCAACGGAAUACGGGUCCACCGCGAAUCACCGGACAUCAGGAGGAUGCCUCAGAAGCAUGCCUCUCUGAGGAAGAGGAGGAAUACGAGGAUGAAGAUCAUCACUCAUCAUCCUCUGACACACUCACAUGCAGUUUUCCUGAGGACCCAGACGAGACUCUUAGCCACCAGGAGCUGGCAGAAUCAGUGGCUACAACCACACACUGGCUCCAGGAUAGUGACGCUAUGUCUGAAGCCCACAUCGGCGCUUUCACUAAGGAGUUGGACACCCCGGAGUCUUGUGUAGACCCAGAAGACACUAAUUCUGGUUUAAUAUCUGAGAAGAUCCAACCAACACCUGAAAAAACAGACCGAGCACCUGCAGACACCCUGUCAUUACCGGCUCAGAGGAAACCCAUCUCCAAGACCACUAUAUCAGAAAACAAGCCGACAGAAUCAGUCAGUAAAGACAUUAACAAGGAGACUUUGUCAGUAACCGAGAAGUCUGAAUUAGUAACCAAGGCAACUGUCUCAUUACCUGAAACUAGUUCAGUGACCAUGGAGACUGGACCAGCAUCUGUAAAAAGUGUCUUGGCAACCAAAGAAACUGGAGAAGUACCUUUGAAGAUUGGAUCAGUAACCAAAGAGAUACAAUCAGUACCUGAGACUACUUCUAUAACAAAGAUGACUGGGUCAGUAGCCAAGGUGACUGGGUCAGUAACCAAGAUGACUGGGUCAGUAACCAAGAUGACUGGGUCAGUAACCAAGGAAAUUGGGACAGUUGCCAAUGGUCAGUUGCCAAAUACACCCAGCGACCCCCAGGAAGACCUGGAUGGGAGAUGGGACCUCCUUCACACUCGACUGUCUGAGAAACUCAACAUCUUGAGGAAUAUUCAGGAGGAGGAUCUACAUGCGGCUACAGGGUCAAGGGCAGAGGGGACCGGCGGUGGCUUUGGUGGUCUGAGAGAGAUAGAGGUGUGUGCUGCAAGCCUUAGACAACUCAGGCACAGAGCAAGUGGCCUUUCCUCUGCCAAUUCAAAGGAAGGCGGCUAUCCCAUGUUGGAUAGAGAGCUCUACACAGCUCUGUGUGGAGUGGAGCAUUCUCUGGAAACACUCACUGGCCUGUUGCCCAGUCCCUCUAUUACCACAGUGGAGGACAGUCAACUAAGAUUGCUACAGAUGGAGUGCCUCUCAGUGGAGCUGCCAGCCUUGAGUGAGGAGCUGAACCAUUUAAGGUCAGGCAUCAACCCAGACCAGUUGUCUGAAGCACCAGAGACCACAGCCCAGUGUGUGACCUGUCUUCAGGGUUGUUUUCAAACAGCCCAGUCAGCCCUCACCUCCUCACUGAGCCGGCUACACACAGAACUGGGCCACUAUCAGGCAGGGACGGAGCAACAGGAGAGCCACGUGUGCGUGUAUGAUGAUUUUGAACGUGGACAGAGUGACCCAUUCACACACAUCAAGGAUGUCCCCAUGCUGGAGUAUGUCGUUGGUCGGUGUCCCGAGGAUGCAGUGGAGCUGCAGAGGGUGUCCCAGGCCCUGCUGCAGGGUUUGGCCAGUCUGGUGGAGCUAGGCAGAGAGCGUCUGGCAGGCAGUCAGGACCACCCACCGCACAGCCGCACCCAGCUGCAGACUCUGCUCAGCAGGCACAAGAAAUUGUACCAGGUUAUGGAAUCCCAGCUGGCAUUGGUUCAGCGGCUGUUCCAGUGUGAGCCACAGGGGGGGCUGGUUGGUCAGGAGGAUGAACAGGUCCGGCUGGAGCAACAGGUCACCACUCUGCAGCAACAUGCUCUGGAGCAGGGAGCCACCAUGCACAGAAGGCUGCAGGUCUGGACACAGUGGGAGGAGGGCUGUGUUCAGCUGGGCCGGCAGCUGGAGGAGUUGGAAGCCCUCAUCCCCUGCGAGGAUCUGGUGAAGGAAGAAGAGGGGCUACUACAGGAAAGACUGGACACCUGUCAGCGAGUGCUGGCCCUGUUGGAGGAGUGCAGGCCUGCCCUGGGCUCGGUCCUGAACCAGGGGAAGGCUCUGCAGGCCUGGGGAUGCAGUACCGGGGUCGGUGGCACAGGAGGCGUACUGGAGCUGCGCUGGCGGGCUGUCCGCAGCAAGGCAGAGCAGGAGAGCCAACGCAGCCGCGACAUAAGGGACAACUGGACCAGGUUCCACAACGUCUCUGUUUCGCUCACUGGAUGGAUAGGCAGUGUUAAAGAACGCCUGAAGACAUGGAGAAGUCUGCCCGACGCCACACCUCAAAACGAGGAGCUCACCCGUACUUACCUCAUCCAGCUACUGGAGUUUUCAGUGGAGCUGGAAACCAGGUCCGCUGAAAAGGCCUCUGCGCUCAGGGCGGGCACAUUGCUACUGCAGCUGAAGGAGGCUGAUGCACCGGGGCUGCGCAGACAGCUAGCGCAGCUGGAGCAAACUUGGACCGAAGUCACGUCUGCACUUCCCAUAGCCCAGGAGAGACUGCACCAGCUCCUGCUGGAGAAGUGGCCACCAUGCCAGGUAUUGUCAGGCCUGGAGGCGUGGGUGAAGGACAAAGAAGCCAGGCUGGAAGAUCAGGGACAGGCCACCAUCAAGGCCUGCCAUGACGCAGAUCAGCUCAGACACAUAAUCCAAUACUACCAGGGGUGCCAGGCAGGCAAUGCCAGCGGGCAACUCACCCUGGAUUUCCUGUGCCAGUCCGAACCGCAGUCAGUGGCAGCAUCGGAUAACUCUGUCAGCUGCUCUGAGGAGCGCACACUCUUUGCCGAGCGAAUGGGUGCCCUCAACUUAAGCUGGCUCCUCCUAGAAGGGAAGCUGGGCAGUCAAGUGCACCAGGCUGAGGAGCUGUUCCGCAUCUGCGCAGAAAGAGAGAAGCGACUGCGACGGGUGCUCAGCUGGGCUGCGGGGCUGAGAGAGAGGCUGAGGGAGUGGCAGAGACCUGUCAGUCAGACGCAGACGUACAAGGCCCUGCAGGAGUGGGAGGCUGUGGAGGAGAAACUGAAAGACGUGUGUGUGGAGGUCGAGGAUCUGGUCCGCGACACCUGGUCUGCAGACACAGUCACCCAGGUCUGCACAGACUUAAACCAACAGGUUGGGAGCCUGAGGCCUGUUCUCCAGCGGGUUCUGGUUCAGUGGGGCCAGUUUGAGAAGGAGCUGGGUGAUGUUUCAUUCUACACCACUAAGCUGCGCUGUGGUCUGGAACACAGCAGUGGUCCCUUCCUCUCCUACCACCAGGUCAAAAGGCAUGUGGAGCAGCUACAGUGCCUCCAGGAGGAGGCUGGGAUGGUGGCGGAGAUGUGGACUGCUCUGGACCAGUCGUACGCAGGCUUGUCGGACACGAUCAGCCCUGGAGCGGCCCAACUCCUUAUUGAGAGACUUGAGGAGGAGAGAACACAGUGGAAGGCGCUAGUGCAGGAGGUGGAUGAGGAGCUGCUGAGAACUGGGGAUCUGCUGUCGUUCUGGGGGGAGUACAACCGUCUGUACGAACAAUGCUCCGUCCGCCUGCAACACCACCAGGAACAGUGGGGGGCGCUGCUCAGCUUUCUGUCAACACCAUGCCACUCCACACAGGACCUGGUCGAUGCCAUCAAGCAUCAGCAGGUUGGCUUUGAGGAUGUUCAAGGCAGUCUGGGCGAAGUCCUGGAAGCCUCCAAGCCUCUGAUUGGACAGGCGGAGCCACUUGUCGCCGCCAUCGUUCAAUCAAAGUCCAUGUUGUUGUCACGUGACCUGGUGCUGCUGGGCCAGGCGUUGUCAGGGAAACGUGCACGGCUUCAGGAGGAUUUGGAUCAGCGCCACACAAUUAGCACUAGUAUGGAUUCACUGGAGCUGCAGACCGAGGCUUUGCGUCACAUGCUCACUUCUGACGUCUGCAGCAUGGACAGUGUGAAGACUGCUCUGAUGGCGCUGAGCCAUCUGCAUCCUGCCCUGGAUGACCUCACUGAGGCAAGCCUUUCUGUGACCCUGGAUGGCCUGGAAGCAGAUAGACUGAAGUCCCUGACCAGGAAGUGGGCGCAGGCCCUCUACUGCGCCUCCCAUAUGAACAGAAAAUUGCAAGCUGAGGCCCAGCACUCCCAGAGCCUUCAACAGAAGUGGGACAGCUGGGAGGGCUUCCAGGAGAAGAUGGAGGAGGACUUGGCCCCAGACGUUUCUGGAAACUACUCCGGCCUCCGUGAGCAACUGGCAAUCCAUCAGAGACUCCGGAUUGAAGUAUUGGCUGGGCACCAACUCUUGAGAGGGAUGAUGGUCAUCUCAAUGAGGUCAAUUGAAGACACGCCAGAGGAGAAAAGCAGGCCUGACCUCACCCUAAAGCUCGCCCAGAUGAGAGAGCGAUGGCAGCGGAUUGUUAGUGUGGCACAGCAGCGAAGUAGCCUGGUGCAGGAACGGCUGGGCCAGUGGCGGUUCUACACCCGGGGUGUGAGGAGGCUAGGGGGGCUGCUGAGAGAUGUGGAGACCUUACUUCCUUCUGCUGCUCAGGCCCUCUGCACUCUGCAGCAGCUACCAUGUUCCCUGGAGGACUUGGGGCGUGCUGAAGAGACUCUCGCCCAACACAACGGCUUCUACAGACACACCCUAGAGACAGGCAGGCUGCUAUCCUCCAUGGCAGAGCUACAGACACAGGCCCAGCUACAGACAGAGUUACAGACCUUGCAGGAGUCCUGGGACCACGCCAGGGAGCUACUGGGAGAAAGGAGAAUCCUGCUGGAAACUGUUGUUCAGAAUUGGGGCCACUUUCAAGUCAGACUAGUCGACAGCGCACACAAACUGGACGAGCUCAGGGACAGGCUGAAGCAACCGCUGCCAGAGAGGCUGGAGGAGCUACAGGGUGAAGAGAAGCUCACAGAGGAGAACGAGGCCUCUCUGGAGUUGUGGGCUGGUGGAGUGAAGGAGUUGUCCACCAUGAAGACGGAUCUGUCCCAGUACAUCUUGGCCGGGGAUGCUACCCUACUACAAGGACAGGUGGAGCAGCUGCACUGCCAGUGGGAGGAACUCUGUCUAAAGGUAUCCCUACGCAGGCAGGAGAUCGCCGACCGGCUCAGUGCCUGGACCAUCUUCAACGACAAGAACAAGGAGCUGUGCGACUGGCUGACCCAGAUGGAGAACAAGGUGUCGCACAGCGGAGACCUCAGCCUCGAGGAGAUGGUGGAGAAACUGAAGAAGGACUGUAUGGAGGAGAUCAACCUGUUCAGUGAGAACAAAAGCCACCUCAAGAAGCUGGGGGAGCAGCUGAUGCUUGCCAGCGACCAGGCCAAGCAGGCCCAGCUCCACGGCACCCUGAAGGACGCCAGGGACCGUUGGCAGCACCUCUUCCACCACAUAGAGGCCAGGGUGAGGAAGCUGAAGGAGACCCUGGGUAUGGUGCAGCAGCUGGACAAGAACAUGAGCAACCUGCGAUCAUGGCUGUCCCGCAUCGAGACCCAGCUGGCCAGGCCCGUCACCUACAACGUGUGUCACCAUGAGGAGAUCCAGAGACGGCUUGCCCAACAGCAGGAGCUGCAGAGGGACAUCGAGCAGCACACGGAGGGCGUGGCGUCCGUCUUGAGGCUGUGCGACAUCCUGCUGCACGACCAGGAUGCGUGUGGUGACGGCGAGAAUGACUCCAUCCAGCAGACCACCUGCAGCCUAGACCAGCGCUGGAAGGCCAUCUGUGCCAUGUCCCUGGAGAGGAGGCUCAGGAUCGAGGAGACCUGGAGGCUGUGGUGUAAGUUCCUGGAUGACUACUCGUGCUUUGAGGACUGGCUGAAGUUGGCCGAACGCACGGCAGCCAACCCCAACUCUGACAACGUUCCGUACACAGUCGCCAAAGAGGAGCUCAAGAAGUUUGAGGGCUUCCAGAGGCAGGUGCAGGAGCGUGUGACCCAGCUGGAGCUGGUCAACAACCAGUACCGCAGGCUGGCCCGGGAGAACCGCACAGACGGCGCCAGCCGCAUCAAGGUUAUGGUCCAUGAGGGCAACUGCCGCUGGGAUACACUGCACAGGAGGACGGCGGCCAUCUUACGCAGGCUAAAGCAUUUUACGGGCCAGAGAGAGGAGUUUGAGGGGACCAGGGAGAGCCUGCUGGUGUGGCUGACUGAGAUGGACCUGCAGCUCACCAACGUGGAGCACUUUUCUGAGACAGACACGCAGCACAAGAUGAAGCAGCUCAACUCCUUCCAGAGGGAGAUCACCCUCAACACGGAGCGCAUCGACGGGCUGAUUGUGUUCGGCGAGGGCCUGAUCCAGAGGAGCUCUCCGCUGGACGCCGCUCUCAUCGAGGACGAGCUAGAGGAGCUACACUCCUACUGUCAGGAGGUGUUUGGCAGGGUGGUCCGCUUCCACCAGCGCCUCACGCAGCCACCGGUGUUGAAGGAGGAACCGGAGCUCUUCAGUGGGGACAAGCCCCUGGUGGGGAGCUGUGAGCUGAUUGGCCGUUCCUGGCUGGGGCGGAGCCAGAGUCAGGGGAGUGCCCCUGCCACACCCACCCACCUGUUGGCCCCUCCCCUGGAGUGUUCGGGCCGGGAGACACCUGUGAGCGUGUGCGACUCCAUCCCUCUGGAAUGGGACCACACGGGAGACGUAGGAGGAUCUUCGUCCCACGAGGAGGAGGAGGUUGAGAAGAAAGACGGGACCUACUACAGUACUCUGUCAGAGGUGGAGGUUACAGAGAGUCCAGAGGACUUUGUGAAAGCCACGGCUCUCUCACUGGGAGCUGAUCCCUCUGUUCCACUCAGAUCCAUGGCCAUACCCGAAUCUCCAAGUUGGCGCUCACCAGGCGACCCGGACAGGGAGUCCCUCCACCUGGACUCUCCUGACGGCCUGGACCCCUCACCAACACACACUAGCACUCCCUUCAAACAAGGCUACGUGCGUCUGAUGUCAGAGUGCAGUGGUAGCAUCAAAAGUGUCAAAAGGGUCUCCCUGAUCCUGGAUGAUGAGGAGCAGCCCGAGGAACAGGGCCUCACUGGCCUGACGACCGCUGACAAACAAUCAGGGGUGAUCGAGCGCUGGGAGCUGCUGCAGGCUCAGGCCAGGAGCAACCUGCUGUCUGGCCUGCGGGAGCCUUGCCAGUUGACCUCUGACCUGCGUGACAUCACUUCCUGGCUGGGGUGGGUAACGCCAGAGCUGGAGAGAGUGCAGGUUCCUGAGACCCCCACCAGCAUCCAAGACAUGGAGGCUAGGGUCAAACAACUCAAGGAGAUGCAGAAGGUAUUUGCUCACUACAAGGCCGUCAUGCUGUCGCUUAACCUGGGCGGUCACGAGUUGGGGGGGUGUGACGGUCCGGAGGCCCGGGAGCUAGGGGAGGGCCUGGCUAGUAUGAACCAGGGCUGGAUGCUGGCCUGCGCUGGCCUGGAGGAGUGGCAGGACAGUCUGCGUACCACUGUCAUGCGCUGUCAGGAGUUCCACGAGACGCUGCACUCCCUGCUGCUGUGGCUGGCCCAUGCCGAGAGCAGGCGCUACGCCGUCGACAUCCACCACCCGGACACGCCGCCAGGCAUGCUGUUGGAGCACCGCAACACACUCACUGGCCUGCAGAAUGAGUUGCGGGCGAGACAGAGCCAGGUGGGCUCGCUCCAGGGGCUGUGGGGCCAGCUGCAGCCAGCGGAGGAAGAGGGGGGGGAGGAGAGCGUAGAGGCUCGGGAGAAGCUCCACGUGACAGCCAACAAACUGUGGACGCUGCUCCGCCAGGUGGCCCACGACCUCAGCGUCGUGCAGGAGCGCCUGGACUGUGGGACUCUAUCUGCAGGUCUGGCUGCAAGUGAGGGCAGAGGGCAGGCGGAGGGCAGUCAGUCCCCGUCUAAUGCCAGUCAAGAGGAGAGCACCGAUACCACACCAACCUCAGCUGGCAGAAGGGGGGAGAAGAGGGACCCAACCCCACCUCGGUCCUUCUUCUACCGCGUGCUGCGAGCCGCCUUUCCCCUACACCUCCUCCUCCUCCUGGUCCUAGUGCUGGCCUGCCUGGUGCCCCUGGCUGAGAACGACCACAGCUGCACACUGUCCAACAACUUUGCCCGCUCCUUCUACCCCAUGUUGCGCUACACCAAUGGCCCACCACCCACCUGAUACAAACACACACACUGACAUGCGUGGCCUGCUUCCAAAGCUAACCCAUCGAUACUCUCUGCUUAAGAGCUGGAGAGAGGACAUUGUUACGGUCCCAAAAUUGUAUUUUAAAUAUCUAUAUUUAUAGAUUUGAAUUUAUAAUUAAUUUAUUCCCUUAAAAGCCAUACCGAUGUUCAAUUUCUAUCAAACAAUUGAUGUCAUCCACCCAUUUGGAACUCUUGCCGCUAACGUCACUAGCAAGUACUUUAUUUCAAAGGUGACUUGUUUUUGUGAGGUUGUAUUCUGCUUGUAAAGAUUUCUAUCAUAAUGAUUUGCCCUUCAAGCCAUGUAUUGAAGUAGCAGUCUGUUGUAGGACCUAUCCAGUCCACAACAACUUUAUAUUGAUGUUCUUUCAGAAUAAUGUCACAUGCACUCAUUCAAAAAUGCCUUCUGUAAGCGUCUACUAUUCAAAUGGUCACAUUUUGCGAUUCUUUGACUUGGCUGUGCGAGUGAAAUGUUUAGUUGGUCGCACUGGUGUGAGCUGCACAUUCUACCUGGUCGCCUCAAUCAAAACGUGCGAUUUUUUGGAGGUGGAUAAAUCCAAUGAAUUUGUUAAAGAGUAAAGUGCAUUAUCCUCAUGAUUCCUGUAAUAAAUGUGUCUGCCCUGCCGCUGUGCCUGCCUGUUUCGCUGGGACCGGCUGCAAUAAUGAGUCUCUCACAUUCUUCUCCCCCCUCGUGAUUGUAUAACAUUUAAAAAAACAACACUUUGGAAGUAACUAGUCUCAGCUUUCUGUAGGUAUCAUUUUUUUCCUCAACGAUCAUUAUUGAGCUCAAAGCACACUGUUUCAUAAUUAUCUGAUAUGGCUUUGAAAUACAGAGAGUGUGAAAUGUUGCAUCAGCCAUUGCAAGUGCAGUAAACCUCAUUGCAGUUUUUUUUAGGACAUUACAUUUACUGUUAUAGAUUAAUACAUGGCUACUAGCAGUCGGUGUUAUGUUUGGCGUUAGCGAUCUAGCUAAUGUGUUUUGGAGUUUCCACUUCCUCCGGUAGUGAAAUAGCACCAAUUAAACUAGGCCUAUAUAUAAUAUUAGUGCACAUAACGAUAAAGCCAAAUUCAUCUCUAUUUCACACAAAAAAAAAACAAUUCGGGAAAAUCUCAAGCCCUAUUUUGACAGUAAAAUACAACAAAAAAAAUUGCCUAAUUGUCAACCCACUGGAUUAGGUUACAUACCAAAAUAUUUUUAAUCAUGCAAUCCUGCUUGGACAUGUUAGAAGUAAUAACUUGUUUAUUGAAAACAAUUUCAGUAGUCCCUUACACUUAAUGAUUGUGAAUGACAUAAGAGGAUGACUGAAAUGUAUUUUAUUGUGUGACCCUGCUAAUUGUAUUGGAGGGGGCGUUAUCACCAGAUCAUGGGCUGGUGUCACCAGCUGAAGAAGUUAGUGGCACCAGUGAAACACCUAGGAAACAUUUUAGUCUGGAGACCUGGGUCAGUGUGUAUGAAGUAUGUGCACUGUAUUAUUUCCAAAUAAUAUAAUUUUGAUGUUCUUCACCUCUGAACCUGCACAAGCAUUCGUAGCAGUUAAAUCAUAUCAGAAAGUGUAUAUUGAGGUAGCCAACAUGAAUGGGUGCCAUUUUGACACCAGAUUGUUUAAUUUUAUUUUAUGGAAGACAUGUUGUUCAACUGUACGUUUUUGUUAUUGUCCUCUCCUAUACUGCAGUCCCUGGAAAUAUGGAGCCACUUUUCCACACAUCGAUACUGUGUAACCAAUCAAGAGCACAUCUGUCAAACUGAAUAUUUUGUAAGGGGGAGAAUUUGAAGAGCGGAAGAGUAUAUCUUUCACGAUAAUGAGACAUUGGCACACUAGGGUAGAUACCAGUAGUAACCAUGACACUGUUAUAAAUUGGUGCAGAAAUAAAUAAUAGCAGUUUCCAUUUCAAUUUCUAAAAGUAGAAAUCUACUCUUUAAAUUAGAAAAUAAUGAAUUCAGUAAUCAUUGUUGCAAAAAAGACAUUUCCAUGGCUGCAUAAUGUACAGUUGAGUAGGACACUUAAGCCCUAAAGAUGGUGGUGUGCUAAAUGAUUUAGGCUCUCAAACAAUGAACUGUAUAUGUAUGCCCAUUUUCUCUGGCAAUAAACAUUGUUUGUCUUACUGAACAAAAA